UCCUCCAUCUUCCUCCUCCAUCUUCCUCCUCCAUCUUCCUCCUCCAUCUACUUCCUCCAUCUUCCUCCUCCAUCUUCCUCCUCCAUUGAAUAUUUAUCUUUUGUAACGUUGUCCCAGAAACAUUUAAUUGCAGGGCACUCCCACAUAUGAAGGAAUGUGCCUACCUGAUUUAGGGGACACAGUGAAAAGUUUGGACUUCUCUCCCCACAGACAGUAAAGGGUUAAUAAUCCUCACACAGCAGCUUCAUGUUUGGGCCUGUGAGAAUGAGGCCUGCUGAACUAUAAUGAGGCUGUGAGGCCUGCUGAACUAUAAUGAGACUGUGAGGCCUGCUGGACUAUAAUGAGGCUGUGAGGCCUGCUGAACUAUAAUGAGACUGUGAGGCCUGCUGAACUAUAAUGAGGCUGAUGACUGCUGAACUCGAAUGAAGCAGUGAGGCCUGCUGAACUAUAAAGAGGAUGUGAGGACUCCUGAACUAUAAUGAGGCUGAGGCCUGCUGAUCUAUAAUGUCCAGAAGAGACUUGUUGAAUAGCUGUGAGGUCGUGAGGGCUGAACGCUGAGUGCUGUAAUGAGGUCCCUGUUCUGUUUCUGUCUUACCAGAGGUGGUGGAUGGGAUUCCACUGUGUUACUGGAGAGGUGGUGGAUGGGAUUCCACUGUGUUACUGGAGAGGUGGUGGAUGGGAUCCACUGUGUUACUGGAGAGGUGGUGGAUGGGAUUCCACUGCGUUACUGGAGAGGUGGUGGAUGGGAUUCCACUGUGUUACUGGAGAGGUGGUGGAUGGGAUUCCACUGUGUUACUGGAGAGGUGGUGGAUGGGAUUCCACUGUGUUACUGGAGAGGUGGUGGAUGGGAUUCCACUGUGUUACUGGAGAGGUGGUGGAUGGGAUUCCACUGUGUUACUGGAGAGGUGGUGGAAGGGAUUCCACUGUGUUACUGGAGAGAUGGUGGAUGGGAUUCCACUGUGUUACUGGAGAGGUGGUGGAUGGGAUUCCACUGUGUUACUGGAGAGGUGGUGGAUGGGAUUCCACUGUGUUACUGGAGAGGUGGUGGAUGGGAUUCCACUGUGUUACUGGAGAGGUGGUGGAUGGGAUUCCACUGUGUUACUGGAGAGGUGGUGGAAGGGAUUCCACUGUGUUACUGGAGAGGUGGUGGAUGGGAUUCCACUGUGUUACUGGAGAGGUGGUGGAUGGGAUUCCACUGUGUUACUGGGGAGGUGGUCGAUGGGAUUCCACUGUGUUACUGGAGAGGUGGUGGAUGGGAUUCCACUGUGUUACUGGAGAGGUGGUCGAUGGGAUUCUACUGUGUUACUGGAGAGGUGGUGGAUGGGAUUCCACUGUGUUACUGGAGAGGUGGUGGCUGGGAUUCCACUGUGUUACUGGAGAGGUGGUCGAUGGGAUUCCACUGUGUUACUGGAGAGGUGGUCGAUGGGAUUCCACUGUGUUACUGGAGAGGUGGUGGAUGGGAUUCCACUGUGUUACUGGAGAGGUGGUGGAUGGGAUUCCACUGUGUUACUGGAGAGGUGGUCGAUGGGAUUCCACUGUGUUACUGGAGAGGUGUUGGAUGGGAUUCCACUGUGUUACUGGAGAGGUGGUGGCUGGGAUUCCACUGUGUUACUGGAGAGGUGGUGGAUGGGAUUCCACUGUGUUACUGGAGAGGUGCUGAAUGGGAUUCCACUGUGUUACUAGAGAGGUGGUGGAUGGGAUUCCACUGUGUUACUGGAGAGGUGGUGGAUGGGAUUCCACUGUGUUACUGGAGAGGUGGUCGAUGGGAUUCCACUGUGUUACUGGAGAGGUGGUGGAUGGGAUUCCACUGUGUUACUGGAGAGGUGGUGAAUGGGAUUCCACUGUGUUACUGGAGAGGUGGUGGAUGGGAUUCCACUGUGUUACUGGAGAGGUGGUCGAUGGGAUUCCACUGUGUUACUGGAGAGGUGGUGGAUGGGAUUCCACUGUGUUACUGGAGAGGUGGUGGAUGGGAUUCCACUGUGUUACUAGGGAGGUGGUCGAUGGGAUUCCACUGUGUUACUGGAGAGGUGGUGGAUGGGAUUCCACUGUGUUACUGGAGAGGUGGUGGAUGGGAUUCCACUGUGUUACUGGAGAGGUGGUGGAUGGGAUUCCACUGUGUUACUGGAGGUGUGCUGGAUGGGAUUCCACUGUGUUACUGGAGGUGAGCUGAAUGGGAUUCCACUGUGUUACUGGAGAGGUGGUGGAUGGGAUUCCACUGUGUUACUGGAGAGGUGGUGAAUGGGAUUCCACUGUGUUACUGGAGAGGUGGUGGAUGGGAUUCCACUGUGUUACUGGAGAGGUGGUGGAUGGGAUUCCACUGUGUUACUGGAGGUGUGUUGGAUGGGAUUCCACUGUGUUACUGGAGGUGUGCUGAAUGGGAUUCCACUGUGUUACUGGAGAGGUGGUGGAUGGGAUUCCACUGUGUUACUGGAGAGGUGGUGGAUGGGAUUCCACUGUGUUACUGGAGAGGUGGUGGAUGGGAUUCCACUGUGUUACUGGAGAGGUGGUGAAUGGGAUUCCACUGUGUUACUGGAGAGGUGGUGGAUGGGAUUCCACUGUGUUACUGGAGAGGUGGUGGAUGGGAUUCCACUGUGUUACUGGAGGUGUGCUGAAUGGGAUUCCACUGUGUUACUGGAGGUGUGCUGAAUGGGAUUCCACUGUGUUACUGGAGAGGUGGUGGAUGGGAUUCCACUGUGUUACUGGAGAGGUGGUGGAUGGGAUUCCACUGUGUUACUGGAGAGGUGGUGGAUGGGAUUCCACUGUGUUACUGGAGAGGUGGUGGAUGGGAUUCCACUGUGUUACUGGAGAGGUGGUGGAUGGGAUUCCACUGUGUUACUGGAGAGGUGGUGAAUGGGAUUCCACUGUGUUACUGGAGAGGUGGUGGAUGGGAUUCCACUGUGUUACUGGAGAGGUGGUGGAUGGGAUUCCACUGUGUUACUAGGGAGGUGGUCGAUGGGAUUCCACUGUGUUACUGGAGAGGUGGUGGAUGGGAUUCCACUGUGUUACUGGAGAGGUGGUGGAUGGGAUUCCACUGUGUUACUGGAGAGGUGGUGGAUGGGAUUCCACUGUGUUACUGGAGGUGUGCUGAAUGGGAUUCCACUGUGUUACUGGAGGUGAGCUGAAUGGGAUUCCACUGUGUUACUGGAGAGGUGGUGGAUGGGAUUCCACUGUGUUACUGGAGAGGUGGUGAAUGGGAUUCCACUGUGUUACUGGAGGUGUGUUGGAUGGGAUUCCACUGUGUUACUGGAGAGGUGGUGGAUGGGAUUCCACUGUGUUACUGGAGAGGUGGUGGAUGGGAUUCCACUGUGUUACUAGGGAGGUGGUCGAUGGGAUUCCACUGUGUUACUGGAGAGGUGGUGGAUGGGAUUCCACUGUGUUACUGGAGAGGUGGUGGAUGGGAUUCCACUGUGUUACUGGAGGUGUGCUGAAUGGGAUUCCACUGUGUUACUGGAGGUGUGCUGAAUGGGAUUCCACUGUGUUACUGGAGAGGUGGUGGAUGGGAUUCCACUGUGUUACUGGAGAGGUGGUGGAUGGGAUUCCACUGUGUUACUGGAGAGGUGCUGAAUGGGAUUCCACUGUGUUACUGGAGGUGUGCUGAAUGGGAUUCCACUGUGUUACUGGAGAGGUGGUGGAUGGGAUUCCACUGUGUUACUGGAGAGGUGGUCGAUGGGAUUCUACUGUGUUACUGGAGAGGUGGUGGAUGGGAUUCCACCGUGUUACUGGAGAGGUGGUCGAUGGGAUUCUACUGUGUUACUGGAGAGGUGGUGGAUGGGAUUCCACUGUGUUACUGGAGAGGUGGUGGAUGGGAUUCCACUGUGUUACUGGAGAGGUGGUGGAUGGGAUUCCACUGUGUUACUAGAGAGGUGCUGGAUGGGAUUCCACUGUGUUACUGGAGAGGUGGUCGAUAGGAUUCUACUGACAGGUGCGC